ACGCUCCAUCCCCCAUCAGUUGUUGCGCCGGACUUCAUUUCAUCUUCCCCGUUAAUCUUGAGAGAGAAAGAGAAGAAGAAGAGAGAGAGAGAGAGAUAUGGAGAAUGUUCAGAAGUCAGCGAUGGACGCAUUCGAGAAGCUAGAGAAAGUUGGAGAAGGAACGUACGGGAAAGUUUACAGAGCAAGAGAUAAGGCGACAGGAAAAAUCGUUGCGUUGAAGAAGACAAGGUUACAUGAAGACGAUGAAGGUGUCCCUCCAACUACUCUUCGUGAAGUCUCCUUGCUUCGAAUGUUAUCUAGAGAUCCUCAUGUCGUACGAUUGAUAGAUGUUAAACAAGGACUAAGUAAGGAAGGAAAGACGGUUCUCUACUUGGUUUUUGAAUACAUGGACACUGAUCUGAAGAAGUUCAUUAGAUCUUUUCGUCAAACAGGGGAAUUUCUUCCCCCUCAAGUUGUCAAGAGCUUGAUGUUCCAACUCUGUAAAGGAGUUGCAUUUUGUCAUGGACAUGGAGUACUCCAUAGGGAUCUCAAGCCUCAUAAUCUUCUGAUGGACCCUAAGACUCUGCAGCUCAAGAUAGCAGAUCUUGGGCUAGCUCGUGCAUUUACAGUUCCAAUCAAGAAAUACACUCAUGAGAUAUUGACUCUGUGGUAUAGAGCUCCUGAAGUUCUUAUGGGAGCUACCCAUUACUCAACUGGAGUAGACAUGUGGUCUGUUGCCUGUAUAUUUGCUGAGCUUGUGACAAAGCAAGCACUCUUUCCAGGAGAUUCUGAGUUGCAGCAACUUCUGCACAUUUUCAGGCUUCUGGGUACUCCAAAUGAAGAACUGUGGCCUGGAGUGAGCAAACUUCCAAAUUGGCAUGAAUAUCCUCAAUGGAAUCCGAAGAAGGUUUCUUCUAUGGUGCCUAAUCUGGAUGAGAAUGGAUUGGACUUACUCACUAAAAUGUUGGCUUAUGAACCGGCAAAGAGGAUCUCUGCUAAGAAAGCAAUGGAACAUCCUUAUUUUGAUGGUUUGGAGAAGGAUCUCCUUUAGAAAUGAAGAUUGAAGAAUCUAUCUGUGUCUGUCUGUAUUAGGAUCGUUGUAAACUCGAUGACGAAUCGUCAUCAUCAUCAUCUCUUUAACUCUGCUUAGCUCGAGCAUUACUUUUCGAGUAAAAUCAACUCUGUUUGUUGAAUUUGUGACUGACUGGUAUUAUGAUUUUGCAUAACAUGUUCAAUUACAGUAAUUGAAGGAAAUUGUUUCCCUUUUCCUUGGAA